AUGACAAUAGUACCAUUAUGUCGCGUUGCUGUUUUUCACUGGACCUUGAUGGAAUUGGGUGUUUUAGGAAUGAAAGUACGGAUUGCAUGCUCGUCUUUAAUUUAUCGGAAAGCGCUAAAAUUAAGACAAAGUGCUUUGGACAAAAUAACAAUAGGACAUCUGCUUAAUCUGCUAUCAAUUGAUGUUAAUACAUUUGAUAUAGGUUUAGUUUUCAUGCACUGGUUGUGGCUCGCGCCCCUUAAUUUAGUCGUCGGAAGUUUGUACAUCUACUUCAUGUUUGGUCCUUCUGGCAUUGUUGGAACGGCUGCAAUAACCAUUUUUGUGAUUAUUCAGGUACUUGUAACCAAGAAAUUUUCGACUGCCAGAAGUGAAGCUGCCAAAAGAACUGAUUACAGAAUUCAGCUAAUGAAUGACGUAGUUCGGAGCAUGCACGCUGUAAAAAUUUAUACAUGGGAACAGCCUUUUCGAGAACUAGUAGAAUCAGCUCGAAACUCUGAAAUGGCAAAGAUUUCCACUGCAAAUUACGCUCGCUUAACUAAAUGGAUCAUCAACUACUACAAAGCUAAAAUAAGUAUCUACUUCUCGGUACUAGCUGCAGUACUAAGUAACCAGGUUUUAACGUCGCAGUACUUCUUUUCGUUGAAUCAUAUUUAUGAAAUUUUUAAAAUCAACGCAGUCUUUCUUUUCGAGAAUUGUACAAAUAGUCUAGCGGAAAUAAGAAUUUCCAUUCAACGAAUCCAAGAGUAUCUCUUAUACGAACAUCGGACAGUAACUAGUGUUUGCAUUCUCAAAUCUCGUCAAAUUUUUCACCAUUACCAGAAGGGAAUAAACUUCGCUAACGUUUCCGUUAAAUGGAAUCCAUCGUCGAAAGUAGUUCUACAUAACGUUAACUUCAACGCAUCGUUAGAUGAACUGGUUGUCGUGAUCGGCGCUGCUGGUAGUGGUAAAUCGGCACUACUUCACACCAUUCUUCAAGAAGUAGAAAUAACGAAAGGAAACGUCGAUGUUAGCGGUACGUUAUCAUACGCGUCCCAGGAACCGUGGAUUUUCUCGGCCAGCAUUAAGCAAAACAUUCUCUUUGGGAAAGAUCUUGAUUCAAAGAAAUACAUGAAAGUCAUCAAAGUCUGCGGUUUGGAGCACGAUUUGCAAUUGUUUUCGCAUGGGGAUCAAACGCUGGUAGGCGAAAGAGGUGUCAUGUUGAGUGGAGGCCAAAAAGCUAGAAUUAGUUUAGCGAGAGCUGUAUACAGAGAAGCUGAUAUUUAUUUAUUGGAUGAUCCACUUUCGGCAGUUGAUGUAAACGUCGCUGACCAGAUAUUUAAAGAAUGUAUUUGUGAAUACUUGAAAAAGAAAUGUGUGGUGUUGGUGACGCACCGACUGCAAUUUGUUCGAAACGUGGAUAAGGUUUACGUUGCAGACUCUGGUAGUGUUACUGAAUACAAAAAUAACUUGUCCGAAAAUUUGGUAAAAUAUUUGUCGGAAUCUAAAAUAGAAAACCUAAAUGAAAGUACAGUGUUGUGGGGUUCACAUGAAUUACAAUCAGAAGUAGAAGAAGACGAAGGACUUGAGAGAAUUAGAAGAAAUAUUUACAUUGCUUACGCAAGGGCUGCUGGUGGUUGCUCGUUUACAUUUUUCACUCUGCUACUUUUGUUUAUGACCCAAGCUAUAAGCAACAGCAUAGAUUAUUUCAUGUCUUUCUGGAUAAAUUUGGAACAAAAAAGUUUACCAACGAUUAGAGCUCUUGGUACGCAAGAAAAAAUUAUAGAAGAAUUCGACCAUCACCAAAAUGUACACAGCACAGCUUUUUACUUAUCUCGAGGACUGUUCAGUGCUUUCGGGUUUUGGAUUGACAUAAUCUGUGUUGUGUUUAAUGCUUUAGUAAUAUUUACUUUCUUCUUUCUGGAUUUUGUGCCGUCUAUUGGUAAUGUUGGCUUGGCGAUUUCUCUUUCGUCUUCACUGAUCGAGUUAGUACAGUUCACAAUGAAAAACUGGAGUCAACUUGAAGGUAACAUGGUUUCAGUCGAGCGGGUACUAGAAUACACGAAACUGGAUCCAGAACCAGACGAAAGUAACAAUGGGCUUCCUGAAAACUGGCCAAACUUUGGCAACGUGUCUUUUUCCUCCGUGUCAUUAAAAUACCUUCCCGAUGCCCCUUUCGUGCUAAAAAAUGUAACUUUCACUAUCCAAGCAGGAGAAAAAGUUGGGAUUAUCGGUCGUACUGGCGCCGGUAAAACCUCACUCUCAUCAAUUCUUCUCCGUUUAUUUCCUUUCGAUGGAACUGUUUCAAUAGACGGUGUUAACACUAAGUCGAUGACUUUAAACACGCUUCGUUCUAAAGUAUCCAUCAUACCACAAGAACCCUUUCUAUUCUUAGGAACGUUACGGAAAAACAUAGAUCCUUUUAACGAAUACCGCGAUGACCAAAUCUGGAAGUGCUUGGAAGAAACAGGUUUGAAAGAGAUGGUUUCUAAACUAGAGAAAGGUCUCGAUAGUGUGGUUUCGGAAACAGGUUCAAAUUUCAGCGUCGGUGAAAAGCAGUUGUUAUGUUUGGUACGCGUUAUGCUCAGGAAUAACAAAAUCGUAGUUCUGGAUGAAGCAACAGCUAACGUUGAUCUGAAAACUGACGAAUUGAUACAAGCUAAUAUUAAGAAGAAAUUUGGGGAUUGCACCGUCUUGACGAUAGCACAUCGUCUCAAUACGGUAAGGGAUUGUGACAAAAUUCUUGUUAUGGAAGAUGGGACGGUGGUGGAAUUCGGCCGACCGCAGGAACUCUUACAAAACGCAGACGGGUUUUACUAUAAGUUUUUUAACUAA